UGUGCGCGUAGAAAAAAACACCAAAUAAAAUAGUGUUCCAUAGCUUCCAUCUUCGUCCCAUUUCCAUUAUUGUUCAUCACCCAAAGAGACGAUUAUAACCUGAGGGGAUGAAAUGGGCGAUACCAGUGAGGCAGAGAGUGUCACUGAGCUUGAAGCUAUGUGCAAGGAAGACUCGUCUUGGCAUCCAUGUCAAGUCUCUCUCAGCUCUACCAAAGAUAGCCUAAUUGUAGACUUUGGGGGCCAGGAGUUAGAAGAUAUGGUGUUGAACACGGAUGAAGCCCUUAUGCGUCUCCGUUUUCGUUGUGCACCUCUUCAGGGUGAUGACUGCACUCGCAUUGAAGGAGAGCAUGUUCUUGCCAUCAACAAGUCACAGUCUAAGAGCCACUUCUUCGAUGCCAAGGUGGAAAAGGUGCUCAGAGUGAGACACUCAACGAGGGUCUAUUGUAGAUGCACUUUUAUGAUCAAGUGGCUUCACCAAGACCUCAAAGGACAGAUGGUGACUGUACCAUCUAGUUCAAUCAUGAAACUGACAGGCAAAAACAUCAAUGUCCAUCCAACUGUUUCUGCAUUCUUGAAAUCAGUUAAACAAAUGGGUUUAGAUAGUGCAUCUUCCGUUCCAGUCAUGCUUGAGGUUGAGGAUUUUGCUGUUGAAUUGGAUCUUAAUAAAUUUCUGGAAAAGCAAAUUGAAGACAUCAAUGUUUCUGCUAAUGAAUUCAGAAAGGAAAUUACAAUAGACAUUUUAGAGGGGGUUGAAGCUGAUAACAAGGGAGAUAUUCGAUGCAAAGUAAGCAUUUCAAAUGCUCAGGUUUCUCAUGACCAGGAUCAAUCAGAAAGUAUUGCUCAGAGUUCUGGUGAGCUGGAAGUAAACAUAGAAGAUGAAGGCCCGCAAGCCCCUUGCUCAUCCAUACAAGAAGAACAUUCAGACUUCAGGUCCCGUCUUAGUCCUCUUGCUGCUCGUGCAGCUUUGGCUUUGCUAGUAUCGAGUACUCACAAGCAUAUUGCUAUAGGUGGGACUGAGCUAUUCAACUCCCGUGACAGUGACAAUAUGUCUAGUAACACAUUAUCUUCUGAAGCAACCAAAGCCCAUAAGAAUGAAAAUGAGACCUCAGAUGCUAGAAAAACUCUCUCAGCAGUUCAGAAAGGUUUUGAAAAUCAAAACAAUGAUUCUCAUGUGAAAGAUUCUGCUGAAGAGAUUAAGUUAAGGGCCUCAACCAACACAAGAAGGUUGACUCGUUCGGCAGUCCAAGAAGAAAAAGAUAAAUCAACUAUGUCAAUUAAACAAGGGUUGGAAGAGAGCAAGUCAGCUCAUAUUACAGGAUCAAUUUCCUAUGAAGAAAAUGUCACCAUUCAUGAAAGAAAUGUAUUGAGAAAGAAGAAUGAUGCAUUGAAAAAUAAGAAAGCAGUCUCUUCGCCCCUUCAUGCAGAGAGUAACAUCCCUAUGGAAGAAAGUAAUGAAAAGCCGAUGCCUGGUGAUGCUGGAGCCAUUCAAGAUAUAAAUGUUCCAAUGAAGACUUGUGCUAAGGACAACAAGAGGAGGUUAACUCGUUCCGCACAUUCUUCUGAGGAGAAUUUAAUAGUACCUGAAAACUAUGGCAUGGAAAAGAAAAGUGGUGGAUCAAGAAAGAAGAAAGUUGUCUCUCCUUCAUCUGACAAGGACAACACUAUGCCUGGCGAAGAAAUAAAUAAAAAGAACAUGUCUGGUGUUGUCACAAGACUUGGAAACAUUCGACAAAGUGAAGGAAAGGUUUCAGGAAGUGGUGGUAAAACACAAGGCCAGAAGAGGAAAUCUACUUCCUGCAGUAGGCAAGAGCUGCGAUUUUCUCCACGAUUAAGGUUUCUCCCUCGAACUCGCUCACAGAACAAGUCUUAAACUAUCUUCCUUCAUCAGAAUUACUCACAACCAAAGCCUUUUGGGGGACUUAAAAGAGGUCAAAGCACUGCUUGCUUUACAUAUGUUUAACAGAGAGAACUGGGACUAUAAGUGAAACGAAUACAAAGCAUGCUUGUUUGUAUUUGGGAUCAUCUAUGUGAAGUGGACGGAUGGGUGGACAUAGCAAUAGCUUAGGAUGGCUGUUUCAGGCCUUGUUAUAUCUAUUGUCCUUCUUCUGGGUUUUAGUAUGUCCUGUUGAAUGAAUCGCAGAUGGAAUAGACAGCAUGGUAGUACUAUAUUUCAGAUAGAAGAAUAGGGACCAUCUCACAUCAUACUAUAUGUGUCUUGUUGGCUCCUCCAUGGUUUAUGGUUUUAUUUGUUGUUUCUUCUUGAAAGCAUUAUUUAUAAUGUCAA